ACACUAGAAUAAUUAUUUUGAUAAAUUACGCUAAUUCGUCGCUCCUUGUCAAUUCGGCCCAGUACCAGGCAUCAGCUGAGAGAAAGACCAUGGCUACUCUGCAGACUAUCCUUCGCUCGGCGGCCAAGCCAGAGACUCGGGUCUUGUGUGCUGGGCUCCGAGCGAUGUGCACAGAAGCCUCUGAGCCACCUAAGCCUGCUGCACCUAGUAAAUCUGCACCACAACCUGCAGCACUGAAGUAUUCCUCAGCAGCAACGCCACCGCCUCCCUCACAGCCUGUGGGUCCAGGGGCAGACAAAACUGGAUCAUACCCCAACACUGAGUAUUACUCCUACAACAAGUUGAGUUACUUUGAUUUGGAAGUGGAGAUGUCUCCUGAUCGUCUUCCCCAGCCAACAGCUGACAACGGUCACUUCUGAACAACAUUGUGGAGUUUCUUUAAUAUGCAUAGAUAGUCAUAAUUUAUGUACUAUUGAAGGACAAAUUGACUCAUUCUUACAUACUUGUGAUUAGUUAAUGUAAAAUAUAUUCUUACUGUGUCCACUGGCAGGUGUAAAUAUUACACAUAAACUAUA